AUGGCCACUAAACCGCAAACCGAAGCUCCUCCCGCCUACCCCCAACCCACCUACGACGCCGGCCCAGCCGAUCCGCGAGCGCAACAAGGCUAUUACGGCAGCCCGCCACCGAAUCAAUACGGCUCCCCAGCACCCUACCAGCAAUACCCGCAGCCGCAAGAAUACCCGCCGUACGGUCAAGGCGCUUAUCCGCCGCCAGGCCCAUAUGGUGGCCCGGGGCCAUAUUCGCAAGGACCGUACCAGCAGCAGCCCAUGUACUACCAGCAGCAACCCCCGGGGGGUUACUAUGACAAUCGGGGGUAUGGCGGAGGUUCGGGAGCAGGCGGUGGCAUGUGCGCGGGUAUCAUGGCGGCGCUCGCGUGCUGCUGCUGUUUCGAUCUGCUCAUGUUCUGA